AUGGGUUUAUUUAGGUGUGAAGGAAAAAUAUCUAAUGCUGAGGCAAGAGGCACAGGGACGCACGAAGUAGACGCGGAAUAUAACAUCGGAGAGCGUGGACCCGCCCAUACUUCGAUCAAUAAACCAAGCGACGUGAAUCCCUAUAGAACGGAUUUAGCUGGUAAAAAACUUGGAGAUAAGGACCUAAAGAAGACCAAAAAAUGUAUGAGGGAAAUGAAUCUCAUACUUGCUCUUAAGCUUGAGUAUCUUAAGCGCGUUAAGCAUAUUGACAGACCGUAUCAGAGUUUACGAAAAGUGGGAAAGUAUGAUGAUAUCCAACACAAGAAAUACCUGGAAGAAACCUUUCCAGAAGUCCACCUCCUUGCAUUUAUACCUGGUACAAAUAGUAAGAAGAAUUUGCCUGUUGGGGAGGAACAGGACCCGUGGUUCUUUAAAGGUACUACUUAUCUGGUUCCAAAAAGUAUCCCAAGUGAAGGCAACAACUUCAGGCCAAUAACUGGUAUGUUGAACUUUUACAAGUUAACAAUGAAAUGUGUGGCACGCGCCAUGCAGCUAGAUGUUGUCAUGAAGAAGCUGCUUGCAGACAAUGAAUUAAGAAGUGUUUCCCAGGGUCAAAAUCAUUCCGUAUGUGAUGACUUGGGAUGGGAUUGUAACGAACUUCUACAAACGCUAUGCACAGGAGAUCAGUAUAUCUGA